GAAACAGAGGAUAUUGAGAGCCCGAAGCGCAGCAUUCGUGACAGCGGCUAUAUAGACUGCUGGGACUCCGAACGCAGCGAUUCCCUCUCCCCACCUCGCCACGGCAGAGAUGAUUCCUUUGACAGUCUGGACUCCUUUGGCUCCCGCUCACAGCAGACACCGUCUCCAGAUGUAGUGCUCAGAGGGAGCAGUGAUGGGAGAGGAAGUGACUCGGAACCCGACCUGCCACACAGAAAGAUGCCGGAUGUGAAAAAAGAUGAUAUGUUGGCGAGGCGGACCUCACACGGUGAACCUAAAUCAGCUGUGCCGUUUAACCAGUACCUCCCGAACAAGAGUAAUCAGACUUUCUAUGUACCUGCUCCACUUCGGAAAAAGAAAGCUGAACGGGAAGAGUACCGAAAGAGCUGGAGCACGGCAACUUCCCCACUAGGAGACAGACCUUUCAGAUUCGGCCCCAGAACUGCUGUGUCUGAUGACGCAGAGAGUAUGAGCAUGUUUGACAUGAGAUGUGAAGACGAAGCUGUGACUCAGCCUCAUAGCAAAGCUCGCCAUGAGAAACUGCAGAACAUAAACAACCAGCUGAAAGAGGAUGAGACCAGAUGGCAAGAUGACCUGGCUCGGUGGAAGAGUCGUCGAAGGAGCGCUUCACAGGAUUUAAUUAAAAAGGAAGCUGAGAGAAAGAAAAUGGAAAGGUUAUUGUCUGGAGAUGGAGCGAAUGAGCGCAGAAAAAGCAUCAAAACCUACCGAGAAAUUGUGGAAGAGAAAGAGAGAAGAGAGCGGGAGCUUCAUGAGGCAUACAAGAAUGCGAAGUCACAGGAGGAGGCUGAGAGCAUCCUCCAGCAGUACAUCGAAAGGUUCACUAUCAGUGAAGCUGUCCUUGAGCGUUUGCAGAUGCCAAAAAUUCUGGAAAGAAGCCAUUCAGUGGAGCCAAAUUCCUCACUGAAAGACCAAAAUCCUCUGAGAUAUUUAAGGCAACAGUCACUGCCUGCUCCAAAAUUCACUGCCACCAUUGAAGCAACCAUUGUUCCCACCACUGAACUAGAGCCCAGCAGUUCGAUGGGCAGCACAUCUCCCAGCAAAAACAUUGUCUCCAAGGCUGUGCCUAUGCUGACACCCAAGCCUUACUCACAACCCAAAAAUACACAGGAAGUUUUAAAGAACUUUAAGGUAGAUGGAAAAGUCAGCAUGAAUGGAGAGAAUAUGAACGGUGUGGAAGACAAGGAUAAAGAGUGUACAACAGUAAUAUUUACUCCUUCGCCAAGCAGAUCUCUGAAAUUUGAUGGAGUAGCCAGAGGGGACAGGCCCCCAGUAGAGUUGAAGAAGGACCCCACAAGUGUUGAGCUCAGUUUACAGAGGCCUGCCACUCAGAGUGUGCACAAAGAGCCAACACCCUCCCCAGUGGAAGCAGACCCAGCCGCCAGCCAGCAGGUUGAGGCCAGCCCUGGAAGUGCCGGACCUGGGAGCCUGGCAUGCCCGUCCCCGGGUCAAAAGCAGUUCAAGUCAACUGCAGCUUGUGCCAGCCCUGUUGUGAAGAGAUUAGAAUUUCUUCCCAGUCCUGCCCUUUCAGAGGAAGCUGCUUUAAGUGAGGAAAACGUGAAAAAACCUGAAACAGAGCAGCAGAAGGAAGCAGAGCUCCCCAUUGCACCAGAGGUGAUGAAACCAAAAGCCCUGGAACAAGAGGGGAGUGUAGUAUUGCCAUUUUUAAAGAAACUACCCGAGACCAGCCAAGUUACUCUGCAGAAUUCUGGUCUACAAGAGCUGCCCCGUGGGGCCGUGGUUCCACUUAGGGUUCGCAACAACUGGCGGCGCUCACAGUUUUUCUCACAGUCAGCUGAUUCUGAUAGUGGUGACAAAUCAAAUGUGAGUACCCGUUUAAAUUUUUGGUGCUGGGAUCCAGAAGAAGAGCGAAAGCGCCAGGAAAGGUGGCAGCAUGAGCAAGAACGUUUGCUUCAGGAGAAGUAUCAGAAGGAGCAGGACAAGCUGAAAGAGGAAUGGGAAAAGGCCCAGAGAGAAGUGGAAGAGGAGGAGCGUAGAUACUAUGAGGAGGAACGUAAGAUAAUUGAGGACACUGUAGUUCCAUUUAUUGUUUCUUCGAACUCUGCUGAUCUCCUCUCCUCGUCUUCCUCUACUACUGAAGGAAACAAGACACUGAACGCAAGUGAUUCAAACAACUCUCCAGAGGAAGGCAAACAGAAAGAAGCUACGAGACAGAAAAAGGUGCUCUGGGAGCAGGACAGUAUGCCAUCUCUGAAAAGCAAGGAAAAUGAACUCUGGCAAGAAAAGAGGAGUGGAAAUAAAGUGCUCACAGGACACCCGGAAAUGGGUAUCUUGAAAGGAGGCGAACAAGAGCACCAGGUGCCGGUGUUGGAGCGCAGCUCGCCUGCCAGGCUGAAUCUGCCACUGAGUCAGGACAUCUCCUGGAAUCAGCAGUUGCUGUCAAAGCAGUCCCCACAUCGUGCAGAGGACAUUCGGCAGAGACCAUUCCUAGGCCAGAAUGCGGGACAACAGCCAAGCUCUGCAGGGGAAACUAGGAGGGCAGGCUAUCAUGAGAACUUCCGAUCUGGGCCACCAUCUCCCUGCUCUCCUGCUGCUCUGAGUCAGUCACCCAACAGGUCUGUCAGCGGAAAGAAGCUUUGUUCUACCUGUGGGCUUCCUCUUGGAAAAGGAGCUGCCAUGAUUAUUGAAACACUUGGUCUUUAUUUCCAUAUUCAGUGCUUCAGGUGUGGCAUUUGCAAGGGACAGCUGGGAGAUGCAGCAAGUGGGACAGAUGUCAGGAUUAGAAAUGGUCUUCUUAACUGCAAUGAUUGUUAUAUCCGAUCCAGAA